GAUUUACUGUACACUCGACGUAAAUCAAUAGGGGUAGUAUAUAGAUGAUAUUUAAGUGAUGAAGAAGUGAUUUCGAGACGACAAGUCGAGGGAAGGAGGGGAAUUACGGUUGGACAAGAACAACACAUGACAAAAGAGAGAUACGUUUGAGUUUGAGAUCAAUUUGAACCAGAAUGAAGGGUGUAUAGAUUAAAAUUUCUGGCGUGUUAAGGCAGAUAACAUGUAGUGAGCAGAUUCUUGAUCUUUAAUGGGUUAAGUAAUUCUCAUGCACUAAAUGAUAUGGAGAUAUAUACAAGAGGUAUACGUACACGUUAUGAUAGGAGAAGAAUACACAGGUAGGAGUUUAUCGAUUGCAUGAAAUGCAUAAAAAGAAAGUCCUGUGGAGUUGCUACGUAGAGAGUAGAAACCUCUGGUAAGGGAAAGCAAACCGAAUGUGGGGUAUAGCUGGUUUGGUAGAAGGUAACUCGCACUUGAAUAGGUUGGAAAUAUUUGUAAAAUUGUGACUUGAAGAAACAGAAACCAUGUCGAGAUUAGGGAACAGAAAAAACAAACGAGCAAUGUUACAUAACAGGAAAGAUGUACGCGGGAGGAAGUACAACUGGCAAGUCAUCGCUAAAAUUCGUUCAAUAACUGGGAGUACAUGAAAAUUACGAGCAAACUUCUUGUCCUGGUGAAUGGAGAGUUGGUGGAGUGACGAUAAAAGAUUGAAAUGAAUUUAAGUACAAGGAGUAGGCAGUAAUGAAGCCAUGUGGGAGUGAAAGCUAUAGUUGGCAGGCGAAUGAAAAGAAUAGGCCUGUCCCCGGCUCGAAGAAGGCUUGUGAAUGUGGUCACGUGUUCACAGAAACGAAGAUGAUAGGUCGCAAGCGAUAUUCUGGUUAUCGUGCAAUGCUGUGUUCAAGAAACGACCCAAGAAGGAAAACGUUGAAAAGGAAAAAUAUGCAACCAACCUUGAUGUUGCGAGAUAGCAAAAAGCGUCUAUCUGGAAGUCCAAAGACAAAACGAAAACCAUCGAUGACAGCUUUCGGCGAGGGAAGUGCGACGAAAGGGACGCAAAAAAUAAACCCAAGCGAUCGUUACAUUAUGAACUUUGAUUCUCCGGAACUUAUCGAGAAACUUCACGAUGCUCUGAGCGAUAUCAACAAGAAGCUAGCAAAACAAAGCCUACUGUGGAUGGUUUUGAAAUCGUCGAAAUGCUGAAUGAAAAAUGUGAAUACUUAUCCAAUAUACUUAUAUCUUUAGUAUAUUCCAAGUAGGUUGUACACGUAUAUGCCUUAAUGACUCAAAAAAAGCAAAUCUUAGUCCGAGAACAUGCAUUUCGGUCAAGCCACUGAUGAAGAAAGCAGAAAGGAAACAGUCGAUGAAAAGUCGUGCCAUGUUGUUGAAUUGAACCCAUCUUACAUGCGGGACUGAAGACCGGAAUGAGAUAGCGUAGCAGAAGUUAGUGCAAAGAGCAGGUUGAACAGGUCAAUAUAGAUGGGUGAUUGUAUUUGAAUAUAUUUAUUUUAAUAUAAAAAUGAUACAUAGCGAAUUGUAUAUAUAAUAGCUGUAAUUAAAUAUAUAGCGCGAGUGUAAAAAGCAAUAAGCGUGUGUAAGAAAACAGUAAUAUCAAUAAACAAGGAUGAAAUUGAUCGGGAAAAAAUGUGUAGAUGUC